AUGGCCUCCAUUCGUGCCAAUUGCCGCAAGAUCAUGUGUAUCGGCCGUAACUACGCCGAUCACAUUACCGAGUUGAACAACACCACCCCCAAGCAGCCCUUCUUCUUCCUGAAGCCCGCCUCCUCCAUCCUGCUCCCCAACAGCGGUCCCGUUCUCCGCCCCAAGGGUGUCAGUCUGCACUAUGAGGUCGAAUUGGGUCUGGUGAUGGGCAAGACCGUUAAGGACCUGGACCCGUUGGAUGAGCAGGGCGCACUGGAUGCCAUUGAGAGCUACGUCCUUGCCAUUGAUAUGACUGCCCGUAAUGUUCAAGAAGAGGCCAAGAAGAAGGGUCUCCCCUGGUCCAUCGCCAAGGGAUUCGAUACCUUCCUGCCCAUUUCCCAAGCGAUCGCCAAGUCGCGCAUCCCCAACCCCCACGAUGCCUUCCUCCGCCUGCGUGUCGGUGAGACCGAGCGACAGGCUGAUUCCACGAGUCUGAUGCUUUACCGUAUCCCCCAGCAGCUGGCCCAGAUUUCUCGCGUGAUGACUCUGGAGAAGGGCGAUAUCGUGCUCACGGGUACCCCCAAGGGUGUGGGUGAGGUCAAGGCUGGCGAUGUGAUGCACGCCUCGAUCGAGGUCAAUGGCCAGGAGAUUGAGGAAGGUCGGAUUUCGGUGGAAGUGCAGGACCGUGAGGGUCGCUACGAGUUCAAGGAGACCUAA